UUGGUUUACCGUCUACUACACAUACCCCUCUCUCUCUCUCUCUCUCUCUCUCUCUCUCUCUCUCUAUCUGUGGUUUUGAUUUGUUACGAGACACAGUUUGUGUUGAAGACAGUCCAUCCGUCCAUCGAGGGCAGCGUUUUUAACCGCUCACCAUGCUAACGAUUGUCAUUACUGGCUUGGUCCUCAUGAGGGCGUGGAAGCUGUCGGAGGUGCUCUUUUCUUCGAGCGACGUGUGGAAGGAGUGGGAGUUGAGAGGCGUGGUCUUCUUGAGCCUUGCCCUCCAAAUCGUCCUCAUUUGUCUUGGCAACCGCCGCAAGUACCUACCUCAGGCUUGGAUCGGGGUGGUCACCUGGUCGGCCUACCUAUUGGCCGAUUCGGUUGCGAUCUACGCGGUCGGCAUGAUCUCCAGCAAGAUCUGGGAAAUCAAGGCCGGCAAAUUGUUCAGCAAGAUGGACUCGCACGCAGAGCUAAGCACCUUUUGGGCGCCAUUUCUGCUGCUGCACUUGGGGGGCCCCGACACGAUUAGCGCCUACGCGAUGGAAGACAACGAGCUCUGGCUCAGGCACUCGCUGACGCUGGUGUACCAGACGGGCUUGACACUUUAUGUCCUGGUAAUGGGAUGGACUCAUCCUACCCUAUCAUUCCUUGCCAUUCUGAUACUGCUCUCGGGUUUCUAUAAGUAUGGUGAGAGGGUUUGGGUCCUCCGCGCGGCCAGCGACGAGUACUUCAAGGACUCCCUCAACGAGUCCCAACGCCGCCGGAAGGAUUCCGACAAGAUUGCGGAGGAAUUGAAGUUGAAGUGGCGGAUUGGGUACGACGUCGUGCCUCAUCGAGUAAUCGACAUAGAUAAUGAUGAUGCUAUUAUGAUCGAUUUUGCGAUCGCCGAAUUUUCAUCUAAAAAGCUGAGUUCCCGGAAGGACUUGGAGGACCUAGAGUACAAGCGAGUUGUGGGCACAAUGCUAUCGGCCAGCCGCUUGCUCGACACUAGUCAGCGACUUUUUGCGGAUCACUUGUUCAGUAUGGAGGAACGCGACAGUAGCCUGUCGAUACUGAGCGGCAAGCAUUGUGCAGGGGAUUUCAAAGUCGUUGAAAUCGAACUGGGCCUCAUCUACGACCAGUUCUACUCGAAGGCAAAGGCGGUCUAUACGCGAUGGGGCUUUAUUUGUAGACUUGCCAUCUUAUUCUCGAUCUGUGUUGCCCUGGUGCUCUUCUCUUUUACCGACAAGCGAUCAUACUCAAAGCCGGAUAUAUUCUUAACCUUUCUGUUGCUAGGAGCGGCCAUUUUUGUCGAGUUAUAUGCAUUGGCUCACGUUCUUCUCUCUGACCAGCUCGCCUGUUGGCUCAUUAAGAACAAGCAAUCGCCCUUCUUUAAUAUUAUCAACCGAAUCCGACCAUUGUUGGGAAGGUGCAGGUGGUCUAAUUCCAUGGGCCAAUACAACCUGAUGUCCUUCAAAGAAAAUGACUCCUGCUGGUGGAAAUUCCUAAAGCUAUUGCACAUCGAAGAGAUGGCGGCGAAGUUUCUCUACCAAACCCACGCGAAAGUGACUGACGAUAUCAAACAACUAAUUCUCUCGAAGAUCAAAGAGAUGGAAGCGAAGGGCGUGAAGGAACUCCCCGUCCAGAUGAAAGACAGGCGAUUACAUGUGUUGAGCACGCACAAGAUGGAGCAUGAGUUGCAACAGAGCAUCGACGGGGACUUCGAUGUGAGCAUCCUAGUCUGGCACAUAGCCACAGAGCUCUGCUAUUACCUCGAUGACGGACGGGACAGCAUUAAGGAGCAAGAAAGCAAUAACCAGAGCCGUGUUAAGGAGAAGUCCUCGAUGAGCUUGCGCUUGUCUCGGUACAUGCUAUAUCUCCUAUUUAUGUGUCCUUCGAUGUUGCCAGCCAAAAUGGGAAAAACAGUCAGGUUCCGAGACAUUUAUAAAAAGCCCAACAAGCGUUUCGAACCUAGUCGUGGCCACAAUAGGAGAGAGCGCAAGCCCGACAUCUGGGCAGAACAGAGGAUCGCAGAGGCUCUUAAAGCGUUGCUUGACCAAAUGAAGAACUCAGCCACACGUGACGAGUUGCUUGACCGAAUGAAGAUGUUAGACACAUGGAGUUGGAAGGUGUCGACGGAGGACCAAUUCAAUUCCGUGCUUACCCGAGGGUGCCGGUUGGCGUUCGAGCUGGAGCGCGUCCCGCGUGGGCGGAAAUGGUCCGUGAUCAGCGAGGUGUGGGUGGAAAUGCUGAUGUACGCGGCUAACAAGAGCAAAGCGAGGGAUCAUGCUCACCUGAUGCAGCGGGGCGGUGAGCUCAUAACCCAUGUCUGGCUUCUGAUGGCUCAUUACGGGCUGACCUACCACUUCCAGAUACCGCACGACGAGGCGGCAAUAGCAGAGAUAAUAGUGAAUCCCUGGUGAAUAGUGGGGAUUGAGGAUCUGCAGAUUAGACAGAUUUGUGCUUUAUCGAUUGUUG